UACGUAGACCAUAUUAUAGAAAAGAAGAAGAAUGUAUACUCACGUUCAGUGUAUAUUACAUUUUGUGAUCAAAUAAAUAUUAUUUAAUCCUUGAUUUGAUAUAAUCCAGACAGAAUGGAUGUGGAGCAAAAAGUAACUAAGAACGAAAUCGAGAUUCGAAAUGAUGUUAUUUGGAAAAUGAAUGUUAAACAAGAAUUUAGUGAUGAAAUUUGUAAUGUCGCUUUUCAAAAUGUAAAUAUAAUUAGUAUGCAUCCUAUAAAACAAGAAAUAAUUGACGAUCUAAACACAGUUCAAGUAUUUGAAGACUUUAUGGUGGCCGCAAAAACAGAGGAUAUUGUUAAUAAACCCAAAAAUCAAAACAAAUUUAAAUCUUUAAGAAUAAAAACUGAAAAUGUAACUAAAUCACGAGGGUUGUUGAAAAAUGGAAAACAUCUGAAUACAAUUGGUGGGAUUAUAAUAUGUGAGUUGUGUGGAAAUUUGUAUACGAAACAAAGAGAAUUCCUUGGUCAUUUUUCUACAAAUCAUUGUAUGAAACAGGAAUUUUAUCAGAAAAAUAAAUGUUCAAUAAAAAUGCAAACAACAGACUCUGAAAUAGUUGAAGAAAGUUUGAAAAAGGAAGAAGAUAUUAAAUUUGCUGAUAAUUCCAAGUCAAGUAUAUUGAAAAGAAACGAUUUAAACUCUAGAAAAAACUUAUUCAAAUGUGACAUUUGUUUAAAAACUUUUUCACGAAAAAGUAAUUUAAACAAACAUUUAUUUAUUCAUACAGGAGAAAAGCCUUUUAAAUGUGAAAUUUGUUCACAAGUUUUUUCACAGAAAUAUACUUUAAAUAAACAUUUGCACAGUCACGGCGAAGAAAAGCCAUACAAAGAAAAAAUGCAAUUCAAAUGUGACAUUUGUUUUAAACCUUUUCCUUAUAAAAAUAAAUUGAUUAUACAUAUGCGUAGUCACACUGGAGAAAAGCCUUUUACAUGUAACGUUUGCGCAAAAAAUUUCUCACAGAAAAGUCAUUUAACUUUACAUUUUCGUAGUCAUACCGGAGAAAACCUCUUAAAAUGUGAAAUUUGCCCAAAAACUUUUUGGCAGGAAAAUAAGCUAAAAUCACAUAUGUUUAGUCACACUGGAGAAAAGCCAUUCAAAUGUGAUAUUUGUUUAAAAACUUUUUCUUAUAAGAACACUUUACUCAGACAUUCGCUCAAUCACAAAGAAGAGAAGCCUUUCAAAUGUGAAAUUUGUUCGAAAGGUUUUGUGCAGAAAUCUGAGCUAAAAGAGCAUUCCUUCAGUCACACUGGAGAAAAACCAUUCAAAUGUGACAUUUGCUUUAGUACUUUUUCAUAUAAGAAUACUUUAGUCAGGCAUUUGCUAAGUCACAAUGAAGAAAAGCCAUUCAAAUGUGAAAUAUGUUCAAAAAGUUUUGUGAAGAAAUAUAAACUGAAAGAGCAUGUACUUACUCACACAGGAGAAAAACCAUUCGAAUGUGAAGUUUGUUUGAAAAGUUUCACACAGAAAUAUAUUUUAAAUGUACAUUUGCGCAGUCACAUUGGAGACAAACCAUUCGAGUGUGAAAUUUGCUCCAAAAAAUUUUCACAGAAAUAUACUUUAAAUGUACAUUUAAGCGGUCAUACUAAAGGAAAACAAUUCAAGUGUGAAGUUUGCUGGAAAUCGUUUAAAAGUAGAUAUUCUCUGGAAAAACAUUUAUGUAGAUACACAGAGGAAAACCAUUCAAAUGAAACUAUUUCAUGAAAGAAACUCAUCGAAGUUUGAUUUGUGUUUAAAAAUGUUAAUCGUUUGUAAAGUGUUUCUUAUUUAUUAUUUUAUUUCAGAAAGUUAUAUUUACGAAUCCAGUUUAUAAAACCUUUAUACCUAAAGUAUUUUAAUUAAAUAUUUUUUCGUAUAGUUGUCAACAUUUGUAAAGCACAUUUAUAAAAAUUGUAAAACUUGAACGUUAAUUAAAUGACUAUUCAGUUUAAA